AUGGCGACGCAGCUCGCCGUCGUGCCGACCGAGGCGGGGGCGUGCACCGCGGCGCUGUUUAUCGAUGCACAUGAGUGGGAAGUGAGUGUAUCUGUGGCGGGUGCACGGCGCGCACGGUGGUGGAUCGGCACAUUUCCUCCCCAGUGCGAUGCCGAGACAGCGCUGGCAGUGUGGACGUGCACGUCCCUCUCGGUCGCGUUCCUCGACGAGGACACGCCGGACGAGGACACAGACGCGCGUACGUCCGAGACGUGCCGCAUAUCUAUUGCUACGCCCACCCCCCUGGCGCUGGACCUCGUGCCCGCGAGCGACCGCCAAGCCGCCGCGCUUGCCGCGCGGUUCUUUUCCGCGCAUGCCACGCGCCAUACGGACCGCGUCGCGUCGCUUGAGGCCGCGCUACGCGACGCACGCGCCGCGCUCGACGCCGAGCGUGCAAAGUACCGCGACCUCCUCGCGGCGAAUCCCCAAAAAAGCGCCAAGUACUCUGCCGCAUCACUCGUGCACCCCGGGCGCAUCAAGCGACAGACGGAUCUCGGUGGAUUCGAAGGUGAUCCGUAG